AUUUAAUUGGUUCGCAAACCCUUCAGUGGAUCCACAGAAGAAGCGCUCAUUAUGAGUCGGAACAACACAACUUUUAACGAUAUUGGAGAAAAUACUAACUGAAAUACCUUUCCAUAGCGAUUCAGAGAUAAUGGCAUCUGACGACGAAAUUAAUAUUCUGGUCAUUGUGUUAGAUGUCAACCCUAUUUGGUGGGGCCAGCAAGCUCAGAGGGAACCUCAGUUCACUCUUUCAACAUGCCUGGAUUCGUUGAUGGUCCUUGCAAAUGCCCAUUUAGUGAUGUCAAGAACCAACAAACUAGCCGUCAUUGCAAACCUGUAUCAAAAGAGCCACUUUCUAUAUCCAAGUAAGCAGUGGAAAUCAGGGGAUGAAAUAUCUACAAGUAGUGAUGGCAAAUAUGAACUUCUGUCAGUUACCAAUGAUCUCUUUGCAGAAGAGAUCAGGAAUCUCAUGGAUAGAACAGAGGUCAGUGGCAGUCACACAGACAGCCUGUUGGCCGUAUCAAUCGCCAAAGCUCUGUGCUAUAUUCAUCGAGUCUCAAAGGAUAUGCAAGCUGGACAGGAUGUGAAAUCAAGGAUUUUGGUAAUAAAAGCUGCUGAGGAUUCUACAUUACAGUACAUGAACUUCAUGAAUGUGAUCUUUGCCGCACAGAAGAAGAAUAUCCUGAUUGAUGCUUGUGUGUUGGACGCUGACUCUGGACUACUGCAGCAGGCUUGUGACAUAACUGGAGGCUUGUAUCUCAAAAUUCCCCAGAAAAUCGCUCUCGCACAGUAUUUGUUGUGGGUAUUUUUACCAGACGCAGAACAGAGAUCCCAGCUGUUAUUGCCUCCUCCGGUACACGUAGACUACAGGGCCGCUUGCUUCUGCCACCGCAACCUGAUUGAAAUUGGCUACGUCUGUUCAGUGUGCCUGUCAAUAUUCUGUAACUUCAGUCCAAUUUGCACAACAUGCGAGACUGCCUUUAAAAUGCCACUGCCUCAGAUGGCUAAAACAAAGAAGAAAAAAGUUAAAACUGCAAACUGACCUCAUCAAUAAAUGUGUGUGUUGCACUUGCAAAGUGCCAUUUAGUAUUCUGUUGAAUAGCAUACUUUUUUUUACUGUGUAAUUUGGAAUUGGUUAAAAAAAAAAAAGUUAUACGUUUAUUUGAACAAUAUGUUUAGGUAUUGUAGCCAACACUUUAAAUAAAAGACCUUUGAAUCAAAGUCAGUGAA